GGUCUGUUUGUCAGUCGCGCUGUACUGUGUUCCAUACCAGCUGGACACUUUUACAAGACGGGUGCAUCAUGACGUCCGCGACGCUAUUAAAGCAAAAGAAAGCAGACAUGGACGCUAAAGAAGUCGACGAAAACUAUCUGUUCGGCUUUUCUACGGACGAGGAUUCUUCUGACGACGAGGAUGUCUCACUGGAGGAGGGUGUAGACAUAUCCAGGCUUCCGACGAUCGCGAAAGACGACGCAACCGUCCAGAGGAAACUCGAAAAAGCCAAGCGGCAACCUACUGAGCAUCGGGGCGUGUUAUGCAUCAGCCGACUGCCUCACGGAUUCUACGAGGAUCAGCUCAGAGGUUAUUUCUCUCAGUUCGGGGAAAUAACCAGGCUGCGCCUUUCACGGAAUAAAAAGACUGGAAAGUCAAAACACUACGCUUUCCUCGAGUUUGAGUCUGCUUCCGUGUCCCAGAUUGUUGCAGAGACGAUGGACAGCUAUCUUUUAAUGGGUCACAUCCUUCAGUGCAAAAUUAUACCUAAAGACGAAGUCCAUCCUGAAUUGUGGGUGGGCGCUAACCGCAAGUGGAGAAAGGUACCCCAGGACAGGAUCGUUAGAGUACAACAUCACAAGCCCCGGAGUGAAGAUAGCAUACAUAAAGCGGAGAAGCGGUUGAUGAGGCGUCAAAGAGAACGUAAACGGAAGUUGGAAGAAGCUGGUAUCAAGUAUGACUUGGAUGCGGUUUCUUAUAAAAAAAAAUCGACGUCAUGAACAUUGUACGAGCAGAUUCGACAGCAUGCGGGAUGGUGUUUGCUUCCUACAAAGAAUGUUCUAUUGAAGGAAAUGUUGACAGUUCUUCCCUGACCAAAUCACUUACAUUAGUGCGUCCCAAGUGCCUUGCGGUCUCACGCUCAGGCUUGUGCGGCCUUUCUGAUUUCACAAUGAGGCAUUUGACAAUUACGUGGUGGCCUAGCUUGCACGUCAGCCACAGCAGUCAUUUGCCUUACUCAUCUUCCGGCGAUAACUGUGCGGCAAGCUCGCCGUUGCAUGAUGCCGCGCAGGUGAGUGUGAGCCCGGAAUUCUCUAGGUCUCGGCUUUUGCAGGGUGAAAUGAUUCCUGCGUUGGGCUGAAAGCUACGGCCGAUGGCGCUUGGG